AGAGAGAGAGAGAGAGAGAUCUUUUUUAUGAUGUCCAACCACUUUGCUUCUGCUUGUCUCGUUUCAUCAGUGUGAAAGAGGGAGAGCGAGACUACAUGCUGUCUGUUCUUUACAUCCCAGAAGUCACAGAGGAAUAUUUAUACACUAAUUUCACCUGUGUUGUCCAACACCCAGUAGGUUCGGAUUUUGGAAAAGUCUUUCUUAUUCCUGCGAGUCAGAAUGAGCGUUAUUACUGGAUCGGUCUUGGUCUGGUGGCUCUGCUCAUAUUACUGUGUGCCGUUGCGUUUCUCUUUAGAGUUGAUCUGGUUCUGGCUUACAGGGCUGUUUGCUCGUCUGCUGCCAUAAGCAGUGAUGGCAAGUCGUACGAUGCGUAUGUGAGUUACCUUCAUGGUGAUCAGCACGGCUCAACUUCUGCAGUGACAUUUGCAUUGGAUUUCCUUCCUGCGGUGCUGGAGGAUCUUUACGGUUACAAACUCUUUAUCAGUGGUCGUGAUGAACUUCCUGGGGAAGCGGUGCACGAAGUCAUUGCUGACAGAAUGAGCCGAAGCAGAAGGCUGAUCAUUGUUCUUACAUCACAGAGCUGUGUGUCGCCUCAAACCGACGCCACCAAGAGCCUUUUACCAGAUAAACUCCCCAUAUCAGACCGUGAUGUGCAUCUGAAAGCAACGAACACGUCCUCUGACCAAAUAUGGGCCGCUUACGAGCAGCGGGUGGGUCUCUAUGACGCUUUAGUGAAGCAGGGUCUGAAAGUCAUCCUGGUGCAGGUGGAGGACGGGGUUGAAGAGGCUCUGCUGCCCGAAUCUUUGCGUUACAUCAGCCGCACCAAAGGCAUCCUCAAAUGGAGGCAGAACGCCAGUGAUCGGGGGAACAGAAGCUUCUGGAAACACAUGCACUACCAAAUGCCUCCAGCGAAGCGGCGGAAGAGCCAAGAGCUGACGGUGCUUUGAGAUCUCUUUGACCACAGAAACAUUCUACACAAGUACAUGAACUCGUUAUGAAGUGUGUGUAUUGAUAACACGACUCAAGUGUGCUGCAAGAAACACAAGAAUGCACACUUACACUGAAAAAAGAUACUACAUUUUUUAAGGUAUAGUGGUUGCAAACAAUUUAU